AUGGCAGAUUACAAGGUAAUAUUGCCCGGACGCCCUCAAAGGCCUAUCGUCUCGGACUCUGAUACGGUCUCCGAGACGAAGCCAGUCCGCGUUAAUAAAGUGAAGCUAUCGCGCACGAGCACACGCAAAGUACGAACUGGAUGCAUCACCUGUAAGAAACGCCACAUCAAGUGUGACGAGUCCAAACCGCAUUGCGGCAACUGUCUCCAGGCCCGGGGUCACUGUGAAGGUUAUCCCCCGGAUCACAAGAAGAAGAAGAAAAAGACACCAGGGCCGUCUGAACUCUGUUGGGAUUCCACGCAGGCCAUCGUCCCUCGUACGACGUCGCCAACCGUGCAGACUAAACUGAACACCAAUACGAUGGACUUCCACAACGACACCGGCAUGUCUUACUUCCAAGAAUUUGUCGGCCUGGUUCGAGGCCCCUGGAUGAGAGCCGCCUCCACCGGCGACCUGUGGGAAGUCAUGCUGCCUCAGCUGUCUCGCAACAACGGCACUCUCCGCUCCGCGGCCAUGGCCAUCGGCGCGUUGAGCGUGUGGCAUCGUCAAUCCGCGCACGCCUCCCUCCGUGCCGUGUCUGCACCCGAUCAACCUACCGCCCAAGAAGACGCCCACUACUUCCAAGCCGUGGCCCACUACUGCGACUCCCUCAAGAUGCAGUGUAGACGGGCCUCCGCCCAGGAUGCCGUAUUCCUAUCGGUGCUCGUCCUCUUCUUCGAGACCCUCCGGGGCAACAGAAAGGCCGCCCUCGAUCACGUCAACCACGCCCUGUCCCUGCUCCUCGCCAUCGUGACGGACACGGACGCUCACCACCGCCUGGCCGACCUAGCUCCCAAUCCGAGACCCGUCAUAAGCGCCGUAGCAGACGUCUUCAACCACCUCGCAAAGCAGGCCCGCACCGUCUUCAGUGGCCGCAUCAGCGACGGCCCGCCCCUCCCGAACCUCGCAAAGCGCCUGCGGAGCACCAAGCAGACGAUGGAGACCUUCAUGAUGCUCCUCAGCCAGACGCAGAGCGAAUCCGCCAUCUCACCAAGCUCUUAUCCCGACGCAUUUGACACCCUCGAAGAAUUCGAGCAAGUCUGGCCAGCCAUGCGACGUCACCAGGCCGCCAUGGGCGCCAUCAUGGAGGACGUCUUCAAGACCUGCGGCCUCCGCAGCGGAGACGACGCCGCCAUGAUCAACAAGCUUCACCUCGAGAUCUUUGCCAACCCCCGCAUCGUGGACUUUUGCGCAAACUUCCAAAAGUCCAUGACCAAGCUGAACGUCGCCUUCCAACCCCUCUUUAACAAAAUCAUGCAAGCCGACUUGAGAUCCCCUACCUACCUCCGCGCCAUUCUCCUGCGCAUCGAGUUCUUGGGUGUCUACAUCUUCAGCAACCCGCCCUCCUUCAUCGACGACCAAUCCGCCCGGGCUCUGACGCCGCUGUACCGCGAGUACCUCUCCCUCGCCCACAUCGCCCUGAGGGCGGCUAAGAAGGAGUUCCAAACGAACCCGGCCCACCACCUCUCGCUACAGUGCAGCCUGAGCUGGUUCCUCCUCGUCACCUCCCUCUUCUGCCGCGACCCUCUCGUACGCGACGAGGCCUUGUGGAUUUUGAAGGAGUACCCAGGCCAGGACGGGAUCUGGAGCAUCCGCGCCUUGUACGCUCUCGCCCGGAGGAAUCGCUACAUCGAGCGGGCGAACGCGGUCGAGGGCACGCUCGAAGAACAGUGGCAGCGUCUAUGGCGUCGCGAGUUCGUUUUCGAAAACAGCGGCGAUCGCAUUGUGCUGCGGUACAUGGAGAAAGACGAGUCGGCGAGGGCAUGGCAGCUGGUGGAAGAGGCGGCCGAUCUCCCCAAAGACAGCGAAGACGUCCAGUGGAAGCGGCAACCUCUCACGAUGCAUAGCGGACUGCUCGUUUUGGAUCUGUUCAAUGCUGUGACCCAGGGUGAUAUGGAUACUAGGAUACCAAUUGGCAGGCCGUGCUAA